UCCGCGUUGGGAGCCGGCGGCGGAUCCCGGGACGCGGAGACCCGGGGUCCCGGCAGCGGGGCGGCCCCCGGGCCCAGGGUGGGGAUGCAUCGCCGCGGGGUGGGAGCGGGCGCCAUCGCCAAGAAGAAGCUUGCCGAGGCCAAGUAUAAGGAGCGAGGCACUGUCUUGGCGGAAGACCAGCUGGCCCAGAUGUCGAAGCAGUUGGACAUGUUCAAGAGCAACCUGGAGGAAUUCGCCAGCAAGCACAAGCAGGAGAUCCGCAAGAAUCCCGAGUUCCGGGUGCAGUUCCAGGACAUGUGCGCCACCAUCGGGGUGGACCCACUGGCCUCUGGAAAAGGAUUUUGGUCUGAGAUGCUAGGCGUGGGGGAUUUCUAUUAUGAGCUGGGGGUCCAAAUUAUCGAGGUGUGCCUGGCCUUGAAGCACCGGAAUGGAGGCCUGAUAACCCUCGAGGAGCUGCACCAGCAGGUGUUGAAAGGAAGGGGCAAGUUCGCGCAGGACGUCAGCCAAGAUGACCUGAUCAGGGCCAUCAAGAAACUGAAGGCGCUGGGCACUGGCUUCGGCAUCAUCCCCGUGGGCGGCACCUACCUCAUUCAGUCCGUCCCGGCUGAGCUCAACAUGGACCACACCGUGGUGCUGCAGCUGGCUGAGAAAAACGGCUACGUGACUGUCAGUGAUAUCAAAGCCAGUCUUAAAUGGGAGACCGAGCGAGCGCGGCAAGUGCUGGUAUGUGAAUUCUGGAAUGGGCCAGAGAGACGGGCCCCAGAUGGGUGGAUAGACAGCACACCGGCAGAAACUUUAGCCUUGCUCUGCUGGCCUCUCGCCUUGAAGGCUGCUGUUACCACAGAGAAGCAAGGCAACCCCCGCAUUCCUCUGAAGGUGCCCCUGAGGUCCGACUUAGAGGCAGGCUUCUAACUGCGUAGGCCAGUCACCAGUACCUCCUCUCUCCCCCAGCCUGUCGAGCCUGGUCAGACAAUUCAUACGGUUUGUACUGGAAGUAACACUGUCAAUAUAGAGUGAAGGGAAUUGUUACCUACUUAAUUACAUACCCAUAAUGGCAUACUAUUACACUGUGUAUUAUAUAGUUAGUGUUCUCUAUAGACAGAUCUCGUGAUGCUAGUGAGAGGCUGAUGAGGAGUAGUAGCAGGAGAAUGUAAUCUUGGCUUUUCAUACCUUCUUCCUUAUCCAGGCAAUUAAACUGUAGACUUAAUUUUUUCUGGGAAGCAGGGUAACAGAAACAUCUGUUUACUGCUGCUGGGGACAACCGGGCCCAUCUUGAGCCUAUUUCUGGCUAUAAGAAUUGCCAGUCCAUUCUAAACUAAGAGAGUCCCUCCAAUAACUUGUCCAUGAAGGUUCACCCACAAGUUAACGGAAACAUAAUUACAACAGUGGUGUCCAUUUUGCUUCAGGGAACUGGGAUCAGGGAUUUGCUUCAGGCCACAGGGCAGACGUCUCUGCAGCCCCAGAGUCCUUCUCCAGCAUCCCACACUACUUGUCUUUACCCUCCUUCCCAGCACGGGUUAAGUGAUCUGGUUGCAUCUCUUGCACCUCAGGCAAAGGUCAGGGCCAAACAGAACCUGGAAUUCCAGUCUGUUUAUGUAAAGGUGUGAAGGCACUCGUGUAGAUUUAGUCUGAAAACCCCACUGAUGCCAAAACAGGUCUGUGGGUCGUUUGUCCACCUGACAGGAAC